AUGGCAGAGAUCAACGUUGAAGCGACUUCGUGGCGCCGGGUCGAGGUUGGCCGUGUGCUGAAGCUCGAGAAUGGCAGCCUGGCCGCUAUUGUCGAGAUUAUCGACCACAAGCGCGUCCUCGCUGAUGGUCCCUCCUCCGACCCUAAGCUCGCCACACCCCGCGGCAUCGUCCCCCUCUCCCGGGCCCUCCUCACUCCCAUCGUGAUCCCUAAGCUUCCCCGCGGCGCGCGGACGGGUGCCGUCAAGAAGGCCUGGGAAGCCUAUGGCGUUGAUGCCAAGUGGAAGGAAACCAACUGGGCCAAGAAGCAGCUCCAGCAGGAGCGCCGUCAGUCGCUCACCGACUUCGACCGGUUCAAGGUUAUGCGUCUGAAGAAGCAAAGGCGGUUCGAGGAGCGCAAGGCUCUGGCCAAGAUCAAGGCUGCUGCGUGA